AUGCCGGCCGACGAGCUUGAAUUUCACGACGUGGUUGUCAUCGGCGCUGGUGUUGCCGGUUUGCGGUGCGCCAGUCAGCUGGUGCACGCCAAGGGCGUCAAGGACGUGCUGGUCGUGGAGGCCUCUGAGCGCGUGGGCGGCCGUGUGAUGAGCAACACGAGCUUCAUCCCGGGGCUCAGUAUUGAGAUGGGCGCUGAGUUCAUGCACGGUGCUAACACGACACUCACUCGCAUGGCUGAGGAGUACAACAUCGGUUUGCGCGAGAUCUUUACUUGGGCUCAGAGCAAUGAAGUAAUCUUCUGGCCUUCAUACGAAUGCAAGAGUGAACGUCAGAUCAUGUUUCCUUAA